AUGGGCGCAGUCGCAGAUCCAGAAGCAACUCAGGACCUACUACAACCUACAUCUCAAGAUGGGUUGUCACCCAGGAAGCCCAUGCAGCUCUCCGGCUCUUUAGACCAAUUUUCUUAUUUUGACGUGACCCCUGCCAUUGGCAGAGAGUUCCCUGGCGUUGACCUCAAAGCAUGGCUGGAGUCUCCGGACUCGGAUUCCUUGCUCAGGGACCUUGCAAUCACUGUGUCUCAGCGAGGUGUCGUCUUCUUUCGCCAGCAGGACAAUCUGAACGAUAGUCUGCAGAAACAUCUUGUGCAACGUCUCGGAGAGCUAUCUGGGAAGCCCCAAACAUCCGGGUUGCAUAUCCAUCCAUUUUUCAACGCUGGACUGCCCUUUGGGGGUGACGACAACGAAAUAGACGUGGUUAGCACUCGGCAGGACAAGGCGGUAUUUGGUGUUCCCGAGACGUUUGCGAAGAGACAGUAUGCCUGCAAGGAAUGGCACACUGAUAUUGCACAUGAGCCUGUCCCCAGUGACUAUGCCAUGCUACGCCUCUCUGAACUACCGCAAGGCGGAGGUGGAGAUACUCUCUGGGCUUCGGGAUAUGAGCUCUAUGAUCGCAUCUCAAAGCCCUACCAAAAGUUCCUCGAGGGUUUAACGGCGACCUUCGUCCAACCCAGCUAUGACAGGGUCAUGAAGCAGCUGAACCACCAGCUGUACACGCAGCCAAGAGGCUCUCCUGAGAAUGUAGGAUCCGAGUUUGUGGCGGUCCAUCCUGUGAUCCGCACCAAUCCAGUGACCGGUUGGAAGAGCCUAUUCGCAGCCGGAAGCCAUAUUCAGCGCAUCAACGGCCUAGAGAAAGAGGAGAGCGAUGGCCUCCUGCAAUGGUUUACCCGGUUGAUUACCGAAAACCACGACUUGCAGGUACGGUAUAGAUGGCAGAGCCGGAACGAUGUCGCACUUUGGGAUAAUCGAUGUGUUUUCCACGCAGCCACCAAAGACAUGGAUAUCCAUGACCAGCGGACUGGGCAUCGGGCUAUGGGGGUAGGAGAGCGUCCGUACCUGGACCCAAGCAAUAGGAGCCGGCACGAAGCCUUGGGGUUUCUGUGA